AUGUCUCGCAUAUCUCACCUAACUUCUGGGGCGGCCGGCUUCCUGAACACGUUCGUCGGUCCCAUCGCCCUCAGAUCGAUUGGCUAUUGGUUUUACGUGUUCUUCGUAUUCUGGGAUGCCUUCGAGAUAGCGUUUAUGUAUUUCUUCUUCGUAGAGACUAAGGGGAUGACUCUCGAGGAAUUGGACGCGAUUUUCGAAGCGAAGAACCCGCGGAAAGCUAGUGUUGAAGCAAAGAACAUGCAGAGGAGAAUCAUUAAGGAAGAACGGGCGAAUGACAUGACAAGUGUCCAUAAAGUGCGGGAUCCUUUGAUCUAA